AAAAAGGGAUAGGGCUACUAGCAUCAUACCAGUAGGGUUAUUAGGCAUCACACCUAAGAUUAGGUUGCAUCACACAAACGUGGAGAGAAGCAAAAGCUUUAUCGGCGACAACAACCACUCCCAACCCAGCCCAUCGUCACCACCGCCAUCAACUACCCCAACCAUCAUCUUGCAUCGUUUCUACUUUCUACCAUAUGGGCAUCAGUUAAAACAUCAACAAAAAGCAAUUGCCAAUUGGGUAUCGUUUAAAUUAAGACCAAAAUCGUUUCAAUGCUUAAUCUUAAUUUACAAAGGUACUUCAAGUCUUCAAUGCGUGGCUCAUUCAAGAGCUGAGAUUUUCGUCCAAGAUAUGAGGAUUUUUGAUUUUCUAGCAAUUUCUUGAAAUCUACGUCCAAUUUUUUAGGAUUUUUGAUAUUCAUUAAGCCUAAAAGAAAUCAUCAAGUUAAGGGAACAAAUUCUGGACUCAGGGAAUUUGUAAUUCCGACCCGACCCAAAUAACUAUCGUUUUUUUGUUUUUUGGGAAAUUGCUAUAUAAACCCAUGAAAUGGUUUUGAGGGUUCUGAAGUGGCCACAACUGAAAUGGCGGACGGUCAGCAGCAACUCGUUCUCUCCGAGUCCCAUGACUUGAAUGCCAUCAUCGUUGAGAUCCUCUUGAGGCUGCCGGCUAAAUCUUUAGUCCGAUUCCGGUGCGUAUCCAAGGCCUGGCGGGACUUGAUCUCGGAAUCUUAUUUCAUCAAAAAUCACCUCUCCCACAUCGACACCAAAAACAUCCUCAACUCGAAGCUCCUUCUCUCAACCACUCCUCCCCAAGCCAUAGACUACGCAGCACUAUCCAACAUCGCUAGUUCCAAUGAGGAAGAUGAUGGCCCAGUUGCAAGCAGAGAGGUUGACUAUCCGGUAGAUACCAGACAUUUCUGUUUGGAAGGUUUUGUUGGUUCCUGCAAUGGCCUGGUAUGUUUGUUAUUGGAUUGCAGUGUUGUGUUAUGGAACCCUUGCACUAGAGUGAUCCAGUCAUUACCAAGUCCUAGUCGUUUCAGUAGGAGUUGUUUGUUUUAUGGGUUCGGUUAUGAUUCCGUCACCGAUGAUUGCAAGAUAGUAGUGGGAGGUUAUAGGCCUCUUGCUGGAAGUGGUCACGGCUACCACUUGCAGCACGGGGAAGGUUUUGAGGAAACCAUGAUUGAGGUCUUUGCACUGAAAACUGGUUCUUGGAGGACCCUUGAGAGACUUGAUUUUGUUAUGUUGUUUGGCCAGGGCUGCGUUGUAAAUGGAGCUCUGCAUUGGUUAAAGCAUCAGCCGUCGGAACAUGGCUUAAUUGUUUCGAAUAUAAUGUGUUUUGAUUUAGCGGAGGAGAAAUUUCGGGAGUUUGCAGUCCCCUGUCCUCCGAAUUAUGUAGGGAGGAAUUAUUUCUCUGUGGGAAUUGGAGCUAUUAGGAACUGUCUGACUGCGUACUUUGAACCGAGAGAUGGGUUCGAUUAUAGAAUGUGGGUGAUGAAGGAGUAUGGGGUCAAGGAAUCUUGGGCUGAAAUCAUAAGAAUUCCUUUUGAGGUUUUGCCUCAAGAUUACGAGAUAUGCUUGCAGCCUUUGUUCAUUUUUGAGAACGAUGAAGUUUUGAUGAAUAUCAAUGGGGACGUCUUGGCAUUGUAUAAUCAGAAGGAAAAGACAUUUAGGAAUGUCUUCAAGACUCAUGUGGAGAAUGGUUGGGGACAAACAACUACUUAUGUAGAAACUUUAGUUUCACCAUUGAUCGCCGGUGCCCCAAACUUGUCAAACCAACACUGUGAGUCUUUUGCUACAUUUGUUUGAUAUGAUUAUAUGAUCAAGUCACAUGCCACAUGUUGGUAGUUAUCCUGAAGACCUGCAGAAUUUCAGCUCAAGUGGCUUGGUUUGGAGCCAUUACUUCUGAUUUGAAAAGUGUGUUUUAGAUUGGUACUACUUGAUGCUAAAAUUUUCUGUUUUGUGACUUUGCCACUUUCUUAAGCUGGGAAUUCUUGGUGUCCUGCUCUUUUGUUAUUUUCAUGCUUAUAAGCAGAUUAGUAAUUCUAUUGGAAAGUAAAAUAUUCUAUCUUC